AUGGCCUCCCAGGUGCCAUCGCAGCCGUCCUCGCCUUCUUCGUCGCCACCCACCUCCCCGGAGCCCGAACUUGCCCAGCUUAGGCGGAAGGUGGAGAAGUUGGAACGCGAGCUGCGGAGCUGCAAGCGGCAGGUGCAAGAGAUCGAGAGGCUGCUGCAUCACACGGAGCGGCUGUACCAGAGCGCCGAGAGCAACAACCAGGAGCUCCGCACUCAGGUGGAAGAGCUCAGUAAAAUACUCCACUGUGGACAGAAUGAAGAUAAUAAAAAGUCUGAUGUAGAAGUACAAACAGAGAAUCACACUCCUUGGUCUAUCUCAGAAUAUUAUUAUCAGACAUACUAUAAAGAUGGUAGUCUUCUAGAUAAUGUGACUGAACUCCCAGUUCAACAAGGUCAGGAUACUGAAGCUUCUGCAUUUAAUUCCGAAGACCAGCCGCAAGUAGAAAACCGUGCUUAUACUGGCACUGAUUUAACAGAAAAUGUUAAAUAUAGACAAGAUGACCAAUUCCCUUCCAGAUUACAGGAGUCAGCAUCUGUGUUAGCAACAGAAGAUACUUCCUUACAAGGUUCAUCAUUAGCUGAAAGUUUGAGAGCAGCAGCAGAAGCUGCUGUGUCACAGACUGGAUUUAGUUAUGAUGAAAAUACUGGAUUAUAUUUUGACCAUAGUACUGGCUUCUACUAUGAUUCUGAAAAUCAACUAUAUUAUGAUCCUUCUACUGGAAUUUAUUACUACUGUGAUGUGGAAAGUGGUCGCUAUCAGUUUCAUUCUCGAGUAGAUUUGCAAACUUACCAAACUUCUAGCACAAAACAUGGUAAAGAUAAAAAAUUGAAGAAGAAAAGAAAGGAUAUAGAUUCUAUAAUAAAUGAAGAAAAGGCUUUGAACUUAGAAGAUCAAAAUGCAUCCAGCAUUGAACAUAUAAGCUACAGUGAAGGAGAAGUUGUUGCAAAUGUGAAAAAGAAGUCCAGAAGAGACAUUCAUUACAAAAAUAAUUCUCAGAAAGUCACUGAUUCAGUUAGUGGAAAUACCCCAGAAUUGCCUUUUAAUGAAAAUACCUAUAAUUUGACAUCAUUUAAAGAUGAGAAAAUCACAGACAGUGAUAGUGAGCCAGAAGAAGGUGAAAUUACAGACUCUCAGACUGAGGACAGUUCUGAGGAAGAUAUUACCAGUGAAGACAGUGUAACUGCAGACGACACAGAAGAAGAUGAUGAAAAAAUUUGGCCUCCAUGUAUCAGAGUAAUCGUUAUUAGAUCACCAGUGUUACAGACAGGAUCACUUUUUAUUAUUACAGCUGUAAAUCCUGCUACAAUUGGAAGAGAAAAAGAUAUGGAACAUACUCUUAGAAUACCUGAAGUUGGUGUCAGUAAGUUUCACGCAGAAAUCCAUUUUGACCAUAACUUACAAAGCUAUGUUCUUGUGGAUCAAGGCAGUCAGAAUGGCACAAUUGUGAAUGGAAAACAGAUUCUUCAGCCUAAAAGUAAAUGUGAUCCUUAUGUACUUGAGCAUGGAGAUGAAGUGAAAAUUGGAGAGACUGUGCUUUCCUUUCACAUACACUCUGGCAGUGACACCUGCGAUGGCUGUGAGCCAGGGCAGGUUAGAGCUCAUCUUCGCCUUGAUAAGAAGGAUGACUCUUUCGUUGGUCCAGCACUAAGUAAGGAGGAAAAAGAGUUGGAAAGAAGAAAAGAAUUAAAAAAAAUUCGUGUGAAGUAUGGUUUACAGAAUAUAGACUAUGAAGAUGAAAAGACAUUGAAGAAUCCAAAAUAUAAAGACCGAGCUGGGAAGCGUAGGGAACAGAUUGGAAGUGAAGGAACUUUCCAACGAGAUGAUGCUCCUGCAUCUGUUCAUUCUGAAAUUACUGAUAGCAACAAAGGUCGAAAGAUGUUGGAGAAGAUGGGUUGGAAAAAAGGAGAGGGCCUAGGCAAGGAUGGUGGAGGAAUGAAAACCCCGAUUCAGCUUCAGCUUCGGCGGACACAUGCAGGCUUGGGGACAGGGAAAUCAUCCUCAAUUGAAGAUGUUCAGCUUCUCCAAAACAAGAGCAAAAAGAACUGGGACAAAGCACGAGAGAGGUUUGCUGAGAACUUUCCAGAAACUAAACCUCAAAAAGAAGCACCAGGAUCUAUGCCUUGGGUAAAAGGAAGUGUAGAGUGA